UCGCCCGCCAGUCACCAGUCGCGGGCAUUGCACACCGCAUGCGUAGCUACCUAGAAAUUUCGGAUUUAUCUAACUUAUAAAUGGGCAGGCUACAUUACACGAAGGUCAUUCAGUGAUAAACAGUGAUUGACAGACCAUCCGAGAGCGGACAUUUGAAGAGUAGAAGAGAAUUCGAAAGUUUUAUAUAAAUAAAUUAAAUUUGUGAAAGCCAAAAAUGGGUUGCUCAUCCAGCUCUAUUUACGAUAGUAGCGACGAAAGCAGUGAUGGAGUAUAUGUGGAACUGCGCUCAACACCACGCAAACGUAACUUCAGCAGUCGCAUUAACAGCACCGCUGAAAGCAACUAUGCCAAGCCGCAACGUUGUGCUAGCAGCAGCACGAGCGGUUGGAGUAGCGAUGGUAUGCGAUCACCAGCAUCCGUGCCAUCAACACCACCAAGAAAAGGGCAACAACUGAAGCGCUCGCCCGCCUUUCGGAAACCGAAUCGCAAGUAUGCGAGAGUGUCCAAUAAGCUGAAAGCCACACCAGAAACUCCACAAAAGCAGCAGCCACAGCAAUCGGAGCGCAUGCCACAGUAUCGCACUUUGGAGCGUUCGUAUGGUUACUACUCUGGUGGCUCCACCGACGACCUCGACAGCAGUUGGAGUACGUUUAGCUGCAAUAGCAUACUUUUGAACACGCAGGACAUGAGCAAUUCGAGCGUGGAAAGCAGCAAUGCACCAGAAUGUGAUGAGCCUGUUUCGAAUCUAAAGAUGGAAAUCUUAAUGAUUCGCGAAAAUGAGAAAAUCAUGCCGAAUACAUCUUCACCAAUCGCCCAGCGGCGCGGCGUUUCAUUCACAAAUUAUGUCAACUAUACGCCACCUACAGGUACGUAUUGCCGCUGGCGUAAAAAUCUGCACGAGGCGCCCGCGUAUUCCACUUGUAAUAUCAGCCAUUUGCCAGAAGCAGUAGCUGGCCUAUUCGGUCCACUCACUCAACCAGCUUACAUUUAUAAACAGGAUUUUGAGUAUGUCAGUGCACCGAAACGCUAUUGCGUAGACUCCAGAACAAACAAAGAUCACUCUGCGCCCAGCGUGCCGUUGGCUGCAGUUGUGCCCGGUUAUGGAGUCGCGCGCACCAUCGAAUCAACCGAACUGUGUACGCACACUUCCGCCCACAGGCGGAAAUGUUGUUGUCUCACCGACUGAAUAAUCGAAUGGAUUAUGAAUCUGGCUCUAUUGGGAACUUAUACUGUGAUUAUCCUGUGACAAAAGUGGUCCAAGUAACUGCUGGCUGUUGAAUACUCGUAACUACUGAAUACUGAACUGACUGAAACUAUGUAAAUAAGUGGCUGUUGCCAACCUGACUAUGAAUAUUACCUGAAUUGUUAUUUAUUUGUAAUAGUUGUAGCGAAAUUUUUUAGAUGAAAAUA